UCCCCUCGGUGGCCUCGCAGUCUCAGCCGAGGCGGUGGGGAGCAGGUCAAUCCUGCCCCCGGUCCCCGCGGGUGGAACGGAGCGUGGGCGGGGCUCCCGGAGAUGAUGUCGCCGGGGCGGGGCGCGCGGAGUCGGCCGGCGGGUGUACGGUCUGGCUGGAGUCAGCUGGAACUCCACACUCGGUCCCGAGAUGACGGCAAGGAAGCGGGUGGUGAAGGUAACCGAGCUGGAGGACCUUCAGAAGCAGCUUCCCAAGUACGUCCGGAACCUGUCCAGUGAUGAUGCCAACGUGCUGGUGUGGCAUGGGCUCCUCCUGCCUGAAACACCGCCCUACAACCUCAAGGCCUUCGAAUUUCGCGUCAGCUUCCCUGGGGACUACCCGUUCAAGCCCCCGACGGUGAUGUUCACGACCAGGAUCUACCACCCCAACGUGGACAGCAGCGGGCAGGUGUGCCUGCCCAUCACCAGCAAGGAGACCUGGAAACCUCACAUCAGGACCUCACAGGUCUUGGAGGCCCUCAGCGUGCUGGUGAAUACACUAGAGGUGCGGCAGCCCCUUCGGGUGGAGCUCGCUGACCAGCUGACACAGGACCCGGAGCUGUUCAACAAGAAGGCCGAAGAGUUCACCCUCCAGUUUGGAGUGGACCGACCCUCCUAACUCUGCCUCUCUGCCUCUGAUCCGUCUCUGCACCGGAUGCUUUCUGUGUGAUGGACGGACACGUGUCAUGGACUAGGGGCCAGAGCCCCUUCGCGGUCCAUUCCUGCUCAUUUCUUCCAAGUUUCCCUUCUUAGAUUGUUAGUCAUUUGUGUGUAUGUGUGUGUGUGUGUGGUGGGGAGGGGGCUGCAGUUAUGUGCGUGGUGUGCGGACCCACUGGCCACAGGUGUGCUUUCCCCACUCCCUUUCUCUGCCCCAGAGCCAGGGCUGUUUAGGUUUGCAGAGUCACAGGCCAGCUCCCCAGUGCUCUGUGGCAUGGGAAUCCUGAUCCCACUAGUUGGUCCUUCUUAGAGACCCAGGACAGCUUCCAGGCCAGCUGGUAGGAAAUGAGCCCAGCGGCCAACCAGAAUCUCCAAGGGCCUAGGCAUGGGGGGAGGGCAGAGGG